GCGAGAAUGGUGCUAAUAUUGUCACAAGCUCUGGCUGAUAUACCUCUUCCAGCCUAUAUCUUUGCCUUCUCAUGUGUGGUAUACCUGUUUAGCAGCCUGAUUGUAAAAUAUCUUCAAGCUGCAUUCUUCCUAGGUGUCGACCGGAAAGAUGCUGCUCCCACAGGAUCGACACUUGAUUUAGUGGAAAAGGGAAGCCUCAAAAGAGACGAAUCAUUGUCAGAUGAAGAAGUAUUUCAACUGGAAAGACGGGCUUUCUUUAGUAGAACUUGGCUAUUCGUAUGCCACCGUAGCAGAUUCUCGAAAGCUGGAGAUUAUCAUGCCUUUGAUAUUGCGGGGAUCUCUUUCUUCGUUGUGCUAGGCAAAGAUUCAAAGAUUAGAGCAUUCCACAAUGUCUGCCGGCAUCGAGCUUAUACUGUGGUCAGAAAAUCCUGUGGCAAUUCGACCCGAUUCUCUUGCAAGUAUCAUGGUUGGCAGUAUGACGACGAGGGCAAGCUGGUGAAGGCUCCGAAGUUUGAGGAAUCUCCAGGAUUCAACCACGAGGAAAAUGGAUUGUUCGAAGUGAAGCUUAUAUUGACAAGGGAGGGAUUGAUAUUUGUCAAUUUUGAUGCGAGGACAAUGAAUCUACCAUUUAAUGAUGUAAAAUCUCACAUCAACCUUGGGAGUUCGAUCUGGAUGGAUGGUUUCGAUGUAAGAUCUACCGGUAAUUGGAAAGAUAUCGCGAACGAAUUCUCCAAGCAUGCGCAAGGUGCUCAGAGUGCUUUAUGGAGGCCGAAGUGGCUUUGCAAAACAAAGCAGGACGCACUUCUUGGUCCGUUGAGCGUGGUCAAGGAAAUGCAUAGCGAAGUCUGGUACACAGUAACGCUCCUGCCACAUUCAUUCGCGGAAGUGACAGUCAGAUGCGACUUGUACAGAAAGGAGGGCCACAAGAUCUCACCGACAGUCAUUGAGAAAUGCAAGAGCGAGUUGAAAGCAGAAAUUUCGGUAUUGACAGAACUGCAAGGAGCCAGGGACAACUCCAGAUCAUAUUUCGCUUACCAAUGUGGAGGACGUACAAUUGACCUCUUUGCUAUCCUGUCGCAGCACCAGCGAAGCGAGAACUUGUCCAAGAGGAGGUUACAGCCCGCAAUUAGGUUGACGGGGACCGGUGAUAGUGACAAUGAGGCGGCAGCUUUGUGUGAUACCCUUGACGGAGCCAUGACACUUCCCUUAUUGGAGAAGUGCUCGACAGUAUCGAGCUUGCGAAGAAGUCUUGACUGGUGA